UUGGAGUUGGGUGGUGCGUGGUUUGUUGUGGUCGUACAUGCAGCUAGCUUCAUUACUUUGAGAAGGGAGGAAGCUAGCUAGGCAGAGUAUCAUCAUCAAAUCAUCAAUACCAACUCCCAUCCAACAAUACUUCAAAGCUCGAUCUGAUAUUCAUUCCAUAUACUUUUACUCAACUCAUCUACAAUGGGGAUAAUGAUCAUGAAGAGACUUGCUGGGAUUUCCGAAGCAAAGAAGAAGCUCGCAAGGACGCUCUCUCCCAGCAAGAAAGGAAGCAUUAGGGCGACGAAAGACGACAAAGUCGCCGUUCCGAAGGGCCACUUUCCGGUAUACGUCGGGGAGGCGAGGCGGCGGUUCGUGGUUCCGAUAGAGUACUUGGAGCAUGCACUGUUCCGGGAUCUGUUGGACUGGGCGGAGCAGGAGUUUGGGUACGAGCACCCUACCGGGGGACUCACUAUCCCAUGCACUGAGGACUACUUCUUGAGCCUCACAAACCUCCUCAUCGACUCCAAAUAAAGAUUCAUAGAUAAUUAGAUAGACAGAUAGAUAGCUAGCUAGAGGUAGAACGAAGGAUGUAUUAUUGUCUACUCACAACGCCGGCGUUGUAAUAUAUAUGAUUUAUGGAUAUACACAUUUGAUGAACAUUAUUUUUAACAUGCAUGCGUUAAAAUUGAGAAGAAAAAAAUCAAGAUUUUUGAAUGAU